GUUUCACGAUGCAGUAUCAUAACAGCUCUAGUGCAAACAUUACGAGCAACUCUUUGGGAAACCAAAUUGCCAGUACCGUAAUGGGUCUGUGUUUUGCUUUGGGCAUUCCUGGAAAUAUAAUGACUGUUUUUUUCAUAUUGCGCCACUGUAAGAAGGACAACUUCUCUCUUCAUCUCAUGCUUAAUCUGGCAGCCUCCGACAUACUUUUACUGAUGACUGUACCACUGUGGAUCUACAACCUUCUGAAUGGCUGGACACUUGGCUCUGCUUUCUGUAAAGUCCUCUUUACUGUUGGUUUUAUCGGUGUAAAUUCCAGCGUGUUUACUGUAACUCUGAUGAGCGUCCAAAGGUACGUGGUGGUUCUGCACCGAGACCAGUGGGCCAAGCUGGGAAGGAAAGGAGAGAGGACUCUUCUGCUGUGCGUUUGGGUGCUGGCGUGUGUCCUAUCAAUCCAAAAUGUCCUCACAGCAGACACCAUGAAAAAAGAAUCCAAACUGAAAUGCAGUCGACUGACCCGAUCAGUUGAAGAGAGACUAGCAAUUCUAGUGCUCGAGUUUCUUCUGGUGUUUGUUGUUCCAUUUUCUAUCAUAGUCCUAUGUUAUUGUCGCCUUCAUACAAAAGUCCUCAAGUCAGUUUUCGGGAGAAAACUGAGACUGACCAAACUCAUGACAAGAAUUGUGGUGAUUUUCCUCAUCUUUUCAUGCCCAAUUAAUCUCUUGUAUCCAGUGGAAAUUGUAUCACUUUCCCUUAAAACAUUUAAUCCACAUGUCUCUGAGAAUUUGCACAAAUUUUAUUUGUCAUGCAUCAAUGCUGCAAGUGGUCUUAUUUACAUCAACAGCUGUGUGAACCCUUUACUCUAUGCGUUUGCUUUCAAGAAGCUUUUUGAAGGUACAUAAAAGUCUAAUGGAGUAGUUGGCACAGUCUAAAAAUGUUUAUGUUCAAAUGAUUUAAGCAUAAAUAUUGAAGCAGUGUCAAUCAUCAAAUGUUUAGACAAUGAAUAGCUUUUGCUUUUUCAUCAAA